AUGCAGCGCCUAGAUAUUGACCAGCCGCGUGUCCCUCGUUUACAUCAUGGCCUCGAUCGCGUACUUUUCAUGCAGGGCGUUUACCAGCUGCAAGACAGACGUUCCAAGGUCUACAACUUUGAUCCCUACUUACAAAAGAUCAUGCCCGUGACCGAGUUCGAUUACGACGCGCUCACUGCCUACAAGACCUCUUCUCAAGACAAUUUCCUCUCAGAGUUUGCCAAAAAGCAUGGCAAGAAAUAUGUUGGCUCUACUUCCAGCAUGACAAGCACCUUGACUCAUUUUCAUUAUCUUCUCUCAUCCUGGCGAAAAAUCAAUACCGACAUGUUCUCAAGAGACUUUCCAGACACACUGCAAAGUUUCACUGCUCUCAACCGUACACCUACUUCUAUCUUUCUGAGACGUAAAGACGAUACUUACGCCGUCGACGCCGACAAGGAGUACGAUGGCGCCAAUGUCCUCAUGUUACUAGGCAGAUCCAUGGAAAAACUCUUGACCAUGCCGACCUCUACAUUUGAGCGAUAUAGAAAGGAUAAAUCUAGUGGUGUCUCUGAGGUUGAGCGGAACCAACCCGAGGCUUACCACUACUCCUCGCUGGGAGACUUCUUGUUACGAUCACAACUCGACGCUCAAGAUGAUAGGCUACCCGGUACUGGCAUGUUCGAUCUCAAAACGCGUGCUGUUCUUCCAAUCCGUAUGCAGUCACAAGAUCACGAGCCAAUGACAGGAUAUGAGAUUACACAAGCUCAAGGUCAGUACGAGAGCUUUGAGAGAGAGUAUUAUGAUAUGAUGCGUAGCACUGCACUCAAGUACUCUCUGCAAGCUCGUAUGGGACACAUGGACGGCAUUUUCGUUGCAUAUCACAACGUCAAGCGUAUCUUUGGCUUCCAGUAUAUAAGCCUCAAUGAGCUUGACCGGGCUCUUCACGGUACGCCUGACCUCACCCUAGGCAACCGUGAGUUCAAUCUCAGUAUCAGCUUGUUGAAUGAAAUUUUCAACAAAGCCACUGAGAAAUUCCCUGACCAGUCUGUUCGAUUUACCUUCGAGACCAAAGCUGCUGAAACACUUCCAUCUAUGUACAUCUUUGCAGAACCUAUGAGCGAAGAGGACAUUGAAACCAUCCAGAACUCGCAAAAGGAAAAGAUUGCCGAAUGGGAGCGCAAUCUGCGUGAUCCGGCCUCAAAAUUGAACGAAGAGCAGAUCAGUGAACUUGCAGAAGAAGAUGGUGAUGACACCGCGAAGAAAUUCAGCGAUUCUGAGAGCGGUUCGAGCCAGGCAUUAGCUGAAGGAGAUGUCUCUGAAACCAGACCAGGAACAUCCGAAGCUCAAUCAGAGACAACUGCACAAAAUUCACAAGCCGAGAAGGAUUCCAUUGUCAAAGAGAUCGAAGCCAUCUCUCAAUCUGAGUCAGAGCCUCAAACAGAACCAGGAUCACAAAAAGAGGAAGAGAAGCCAUUGCUGGGAAUGGUUCUCACAGUUCGUUCCAAGGUCAACGGUGUAUACGUCGAGCGACCAGAGAAUCUCAAGAAGAACCACGAUUGGACAAUCGAGUAUAGUUUGACAGACCUCAAAUCAGGGCAGGCAUGGAGAGAGUACAGAGCCGCACAGGCUCGGCGCAGGAAGACAUAUCAGAAGCUCAACAGCAGACUCGACAAGUCGGAUCCUGACAGCGCUGAGCUAAGUUACAACGACCAUUAUAUCAACAUGCUCAAGGAUCUGAGUGAGAAGGGCAGGAAGAUGAGGGCCACUCUCGACCAGAAGGCAGCAAACAAGCCAAAGAUUGUGGUUGGCAUGCCUUAUGACAAGUCUUCGAAGAGCCAGAUGCCGAACACGGACGAUGUGAGCAUCGAGAGUGUGGACGAUUACUUGACAUGGCUGUAUAAGGAGAAGGCAUGA